AUGAGAGUGGACGUCGACGACAGACUGGGAGAGUGCCGAGCUGUGGAAAAAUCGAUGGCAACGAUGGCGACUGAGGAAAGGGAGGAGGGCUCGCCGGCUGGCUGGAUGGCUGGCUGGCUAUGUGUAUGCGUGUGUGUAUGUGGACUCGCUGACAGGAAAGCGUGUGAAGAGAGUGUGUAUGUGUUUGGAAGUGUUAGAGGAGCUCGAGGCGAUCUCAUAUGCUGCUGA